GCAAUGGAGAUUAUUAUUGCGAUGAUUACUAUGACAACGACUAUUAUGGCGAAGCAUACUAUGAACACAAUGACUAUUAUUAUUACGACGACACGGAGUUUAAACGAAAUCCAAGGACUAAAUCAAAACAACCGCCUACCCCAGAGAAACCAGAUUUACCACCGCGAAAUAAGAACCAAUCCAGUCGGAGAAGAUAUUGA